AUGGCAAAUCCAGCAGGGGGGAGGAAAAGAAAAGCAAUAUCGCUGCAGAAGAAGCUGGAAAUUUUAGAGGAAGUACAUGAUAACCCACAAGAACCGAAGAUCAGUGUUGCAAAGCGGCUCGGUCUUCCAUAUUCAACACUGAUGACAAUUAUCGCCAAUUCGGCAGACAUUAGGUCAAGUACGUCUAAGGCAGGACCUUUAGGCGAGAAAAGAACACGAAGUCAAGAGGGCCGAUUUUCAGACUUGGACAAAGCAUUGCUCACAUGGUUCCAACAAAAACGGGCCGCGAACAUACCCGUUAGUGGUCUAAUGCUGCAAGAGCAAGCUUUAAUUUUUGCAAAAAAAUUAAAUGUAACUGCUGACUUCAAAGCAUCGGCUGGCUGGGUGUUCAAAUUUAAAAAACGUUGCGGCAUAACCGGCAGAAGUGUUUGCGGGGAAGCUAACAGUGUCGACGAGGCUACUGUAGAGCAGUGGAAGAACAUCGAUUUGCCUCGAAUCAUAAAGAACUACGAUCUCCGAGAUAUUUACAACACCGAUGAGACAGGUCUGUUUUUCAAUCUCCUACCAUCUAAAACAUUGGCUGAAAAAGGAGACCCCUGUCACGGAGGGAAACAGAGUAAACAGAGACUGACGGUGCUUCUAACAGCGAAUGCAGAUGGCUCCGAUAAACUUCGUCCCUUGGUCAUCGGGAAAUCACAGAAGCCGCGUUGUUUUAAAGGCGUAAAAAGCUUUCCUACAGAGUACGCAGCAAACAAAAAAGCAUGGAUGACUGGAGCAUUAUUUGAGUCGCAGUUAGAUAAGAUGAAUAACAGAAUGCGUCGUGAGAAGAGGAAAGUCUUGUUGUUGCUUGACAACUGUGCCGCUCACCCCCCGGCACUCCGUUUUAGCAACAUUGAACUGGCUUUUUUUCCGGCCAACUGUACAAGCCAUCUGCAGCCCCUGGAUUUAGGAAUCAUCGCUGCUUUGAAGGCCAAAUACCGCAAGAUGCUGGUACAGCGGGCAGUCGCGGCACUCGACGCGGGAGAAACGAUGCCGAACUUGCAUGUUCUGCAGGCAAUGCAACUGACCGAUAUUGCAUGGAACCAAGUACAGUCUGACACCAUUGCCAAGUGCUUUCAAAAUGCAGGAGUCGUAAAGGCGAAUGAUCUCGAUGCCUCUUCUAACGAAGAGAAUGAGCUUGAGGGUUUCGAAGAGCCCGGAGAUUGGGCACAAGUGUGUGCUGGGCUUCAGUUCGAGGAUUUCGUUCAUUACGAUGAAGACUUGAGUACAUGCGCGGUACAGGAUGACGAUGACAUUGUAACUGAAAUUCUUGCACAAGACUCAGACGGGGAUUCGGACGAAAUAGACGAAACUGUCAAAGAAGUCCCGGUGAAAUUUUGUGAAGCUUUGUCGGCACUGGAAAUUACAAAGCGAUAUAUAAUGUCCAAGGUUGUCGAUGGUAAAGGCAUGCAACUCGUCAGUGACUACGAACGUUUCAUGUACGAGUGCUCGUUGGCAGAAAAGAAACAAGCCACCAUUGACAGCUUCUUCAAACCUAAAUAA